AUGGAGAAGUGCUGGUUUGUGCUCAGGCAAAAUCAAUAUCCACCGCCGACACUGCCAGUAAAUGGCAUAGGAUCUGGCAAUGGACCGAUCAGCCUCGGCCACAUCAUCCCCAACACUAUUGAUUUGGAUGGGGUAAUAAACAGGACUGUGAAGGGCUUCAAUUUCACUCCUCUUGUGCCAGUUGUCUCCACCCACGCGUGGGACUUGGAAUGGGAGAUGGGUGGUGAUCGCCAGGUCGGAUUCUCAGCUGAUCCCAGAGCUCCCGUCGCCCAAGCAGUCGGUCUCACUGUCCAAGCCAAUGCUGUUUUGGCCUUUCAGCAGACUGUUCAGCGAUAUCGCACCUUUCAUAGCCUCAACUGUUACAUCAUUCAGCCGACAAGGGACUUCGUCGCCGAGAGUCUCGAGGAACCUCAGGUUGCUGACUAUAUUCAACGGACUAAAUUCCUGGGCUCCUGGACGGUUUACAUGACUACUGGUGUGACAAUCGCGCGAGGUUCCAGUGGCGGAACAUCCGAAUUAAGGCAAAGAUCCAUAGGCGCUGGUGCUACGUUAGACCUUGCAGGUGCCGCUGGGUUGGGAGUGAAUACCUCAACAACUUCGCAGGAGGGAAUGUCCUUGUCGGCUGGUGCUGAGUCUGAUUUCGUCUGGGCUGUCCGACUCACAAAAAUUUGGGAGGGAAAAACCGAUAAAUCUUGGUCGUUUCGGACUCAGUCGAAAGGAGCCACGUUUUCUUUAGGGGAUGAGAAUCAGCGAAAGGAAGAGACGGCUCAAGCUUUACUUGCUGAAGGCGCGGAAGAGAGAGAGAAACUCUGGCUCGGAGAGGACGAGGGUUACAUUGUGUAUUGA